AUGGCGACGACAACGCAGGCGACGACGGCCAGCGCGCGGGCUACCAUUGAGGCAUUUCAUGCUCGGCUGGCGGCGGCAGAGAAGCAGCAAUUCGUCGCGUGUGCCCAACGCGACCAGCAGCAGUUCCAGGACAUGUACAGCCCGUGCAAUGCAUCCUCGACCUUUCACGACCUUCAGUGUGGCCACCGGAUCCAGACGGAGUACACGGCGAGCUGUGGCGUGCUUUGCGCGCGGGCGGUGCAAGGCUACCCCUUUGUAUGCCCGACGUGCCUCACCGACGUGGUGCGCGCAGAAGUAGCUCUCCAAGGCCUGACCCUACGCCUGAAUCAUGACGCCGCCAUGGACGGGAGCGAGCCGAGUCAGGACGGCGAAGUGCGCCGCGUGGCCGAGAGGUACAUUGCUGCGUUGCUGCGAAAAGGCUACCGCGCGUGCAAGGCCGUGUCCAAGUUUGACGAGCCGCGCCUCCAGUUCUUUGACGGCUUCAUGCGCGAAGACGGCUUUGGCGGCGUCAGGGACGAAGGCCAUGCAGAAGAAGAGCCAGUAACGCCCCGCAAGCGUCCAGGCAUGGCGACAGCAGCAAGGAAACCAGCCAGGCCGCACGCUUCGGCGCACAAUGGCGCGAGUUGGAGCUACCGUGAGCCAGCGACUGAGCUUCCUUGUGUACAGAAGGAAAAGGUUAGGACGAGCCAGGAAACAAUUGCGAACCCCGUGGAUGGACACCCCAGUCAACCGCCUGACACAUGGGUCAGGCUGCCUGCUGAGAGCGCCGCCACCGAGGCCGUCCGAAAGGCCAUGGAAGCAUUUACUUUGCUUUGAAAUAAUCACAAUUUGCGGCCAGUAACAUUUUGUCGCUUGCCAAAGACAGACGUGCAUUGCACAUGCAGGGAAAAGCCACGCUUCCCUUUUUGACCAGAAGAAGAGCAAGACAGCCAGUCACAAUGGUACGAACCGGCCCUACAACUCUAGCUACAUAGAUAGCAGAUCGGAUGGGCGAGGAAACGAACCAUAUGGGCAUCGGCCGCGCCGCUCCCGAAUCCCGGGGUACUCAAAGGAGGGGCCCGGGUGGGUGGAUGCCUCGGAGCAAAGAGCGUCCGAGGCAGAGUAUUGCGAGUGGGCCGAGGAACCAUGGCCAUUAGCAAUGGCUGUUAAGACGCAGAUUGGAUAGGAGGUGAGGCGAGUAAUUCGCCCAUGUAUAGAGUUGAAGAAUGGGGUUAAAGACGACAUGCAACAUGCACAUGUAGGCACCGGGCGGAUG